GUGGGACCGAGACCUCAGCACAGGGCGGCCCCGCUCCUCGGCUGCGCCGCCAUCAGCCACCGGCCCGCAGCGGAGGUGGGGCACGGGUCACCAAGAACGUGCACGGCUGAGGCAGCGCCACCGCAGCCUCCCGAGCAGUCACCAUGGCUGGCCGGCCAUCUUCAGGGAAAGAGCAGCUCUGGAUGAAGGAUGACCCGAGCGCCCUGGAGGCGUACGGAGAUGACCCCGAUGUCAGGCAAGAAGAGCCCAAGGGCUGCUGGGGAUCCUUCACCAACUGCAUUGGGGGAAUGUGGACCACACGCCAAAUGACACACACCAAUGACAGGGAGAUAGUGGUACGGACGACGCUGCGAGAGCUGGUGGUCUACAUCGUGUUCCUGAUAGUGCUGUGUAUCUUGACGUUUGGGAUGACGUCUCCCACCAUGUACUACUACACCAAGGUCCUCUCCGAACUGUUCCUGGAGGCGCCGUACCCGGACACGAGAAACAACUUCAAGGGUUCUACGCAAGUGUUGGACUUCUGGAGGUUUGUGGAGGGUCCGCUGACGGACGGCCUGUACUGGGACUCGUGGUACGACCGGGCCCGCACCAGCGUCGACGAGCGCGACAACAACAUCCUCUACGAGAACCGCAUGCUCGGGGUGCCGCGGAUGCGACAGCUACGAGUCACCGACGACUCGUGUAACGUGCAUGAAAACUUCGCCGGCGCUAUCGACAAGUGCUACAGCGUCUAUUCGGAGAACAUCGAGGACAAGAACGCCUUCGGGCCCAAGAACGGCACAGCAUGGAACUACUACACGGAGAAGGAGCUCGGCUCCCAGUCGGUGUGGGGAGUCAUCAGCACGUACUCGGGGGCCGGCGCCUACGUGGACCUAUCCACCAGCCGCGCCAAGACGGUGGAAAUUAUCGCGAGCCUGCGGCGCAAUCUCUGGAUCGGCCGCGGCACGCGCGCCAUCUUCAUCGACUUCACCGUCUACAACGCCAACAUCAACCUCUUCUGCGUCGUCAGGCUGGUGUUCGAGUUUCCGGCUACAGGCGGCAUGAUCCCGUCCUACUCCUUCCGCACGGUCAAGCUGCUGCGCUACGUGACGCCAUUCGACUACUUCGUCAUGGCCUGCGAGUGGAUCUUCGCCAUUUUCGUCAUCUACUACAUCGUGGAGGAGGUCAGCGACCGUCGACAAGGCAUCCACAAGAACGGCUUGCUGGUGAAGUAG